ACACUUUUCGAGCCAGAUCCAUUCAUAUAUUUACGUCUUCUGAGUUUUCUUUUAGGUUCCCUUUUCUUUUUCUUCCCUUCUACCAAAAUUUCGAAAAAUUCUUUUCUUUUCUGCAUUUCAAUCCCCAUAGUCAAAUAUCUGUUUUUUAUUUUUUUCCUUUUCUUUUGCGUUUGAUUUAGUUGCAUUUAAUUCUCACAAUGUGUAUGUGAAAGAUGGUGGAAGACACUAUUUCCUUCUAUUUCAUGAUGCUUUGGAGAUCAGGAGGACUACUCAAUUAGUGUAAUUAAUUUUUUUUACAGAUGGAUUUAGAAGAUAAGUUUCUCACUAAAGUUUCUGGUGCUCAGAGUCUCUCUUCCAGUGUGCAAAGCACUCCAGAGAAAAAUGGGCAUUCAGAUGAUGCUUCAAGAAGUCCAGAGCUCCUUCAAGAGUUUCUGAAAUCUGGUCCAAAGAAGGAACUUCUUCGGACAUGCUUUGAUAAGGACAAGAAAAACUUGGUUUCAUCAAAAACCAAAACGACAGAACUAGCGAAGACAACUAACAAGACAAAUAAGAAGCAGGACUUAAAAAGAGCUUCUUCUAGUCCUAACAAUCAAUCUUCUAGGAAGCAACACAGAAAGGGAGAAAAUCCCGUCCGAGUACCUCCAACUUCUGAGCAGUCUCCUGAUUUUGGAUGUUCAAACUCAUGGAUCUGUAAAAACUCUGCUUGUAGAGCUGUCUUGUCCAUAGAUGAUACAUUUUGCAAGAGGUGCUCUUGUUGUAUCUGUCAUUUGUUUGAUGACAACAAGGACCCUAGUCUUUGGUUGGUGUGCACAUCUGAAUCUGAUCAAGGGGAUUCAUGUGGUUUAUCUUGUCACAUAGAGUGUGCCCUUCAACGAGAAAAGGUGGGGGUUGUUGAUCUUGGGCAACUGAUGCAGCUAGAUGGUAGUUAUUGCUGUGCUUCUUGUGGUAAAGUCUCUGGUAUACUCGGAUGUUGGAAAAAGCAACUAAUGGUAGCAAAAGAUGCUCGUCGUGUUGAUAUACUUUGUCAUAGGAUAUAUUUGAGUUACAGGCUCCUGGAUGGAACUUCAAGGUUUAAGGAAUUACAUGAAAUUGUAAAAGAAUCUAAGGCUAAACUAGAAGCAGAAUUAGGCCCAGUGAAUGGAGUUUCUGCCAGGAUGGCACGAGGAAUUGUCAGCAGACUCUCUGUGGCAGGUGAAGUGCAGAAGCUCUGUUCUCUUGCGAUUGAGAAAGCAGAUGAAUGGCUGGCCAACAUUUCUAAUGUGAAUCCAAAUUGCAGAGAGGAUUCACUUCCUGCUGCUUGCAAGUUUGUUUUUGAGGAAGUAACAUCAUCGUCCAUCUCAAUUAUUUUGAUUGAACUGUCUAAUGCAUCAUGUGAUGAUGUUAAAGGCUACAAGCUUUGGUAUUACAAGAGUCGAGAGGAGACACAUGCAAAAGAGCCUAGUUGUGUCUUUCCAAGAGCUCAAAGAAGGAUUUUGGUAUCAAAUUUGCAGCCUUGCACAGAGUACACAUUUCGGAUUGUAUCUUAUACUGACACAAGUGACUUGGGUCACUCUGAGGCUAAGUGUUUCACCAAGAGUGUUGAGAUAAUUCAUAAAAAUCCCAAUUCAGUAAACAUGAAUGGUAAGAAAGAGAAUUCUCAAAUUGAAGGAAGUUCUGGUGCCAAGAGCAACACUAAAACUCCAAUGGAGGCUGGUUCUUCUGAAUUCAAGGUUCGAGACCUAGGAAAGAUACUACGCUUGGCUUGGGCUCAAGAACAAGGAUACUUCGAGGGGUUCUGCAGUGCAGAUAUAGAGAAGUGCUGUGGAGUAAGCAAAGUGGUAAAGCCUGAAACCAUUCAAGAAAGGGUACCUUCUGUUUCGCGAGGACUGGACUUGAACGUCGUUACUGUACCUGAUCUAAAUGAAGAGUUGACCCCACCUUUCGAGUCCUCCAGGGAUGAAGAUAACGGGUGCACUUUACAGCAAGCUGUUGAGGCAGAUGACGAUGCUGCUUCUCAUGAUGUAGCCAAGAAUGGUUUAGCUAGAUCACAUGGUAGUGGUGAUUCACAGACAUGGACACAUGGGCCAACUGGAGAUGUGCCAGCUGUUGAUUCUCGAGCAGAGUUUUGCAGGAAAAGAGCUGCAAAUACAAAUGAAGAGACGCAUGAUUGUGACAGCACCCUGAUUAAUGGUUCACCAUUCCGGGUUUCUAAUGGUUCUUGUUGCCUGGAUGAAAACUUUGAGUACUGUGUGAAGAUAAUCCGAUGGCUGGAAUGUGAGGGUCACAUUACGCAGGAAUUCAGGUUGAAAUUGCUAACUUGGUUUAGCCUGAGAUCUACCGAGCAGGAGCGCAGGGUGGUUAACACCUUCAUUCAAACGAUGAUCGAUGAUCCAAGUAGCUUGGCAGGACAGUUGGUUGACUCAUUCUCAGAUAUUAUUUCCAGCAAGAGACUAAGGAAUGGAUUCUGUAGUAAGCUAUGGCAUUAAAUAAGAGCGCAGGGCAUUCCGAUAAUACACAGGAUUGCUAUUUGCUUCAUGUUCAUCAUCUUUUUUUUGCUGCGAUGAAAAAUGACCUCCUCUGAUCAAUUUCGCCGUCUUUGUACAGGCAUUUUUAUUUUUUUUCUAUUACUCAAAUCACUAUUACAAGUGAUUCAUUUGUAUCGCGGGCAAGAUUUGUCCGGCUAAAAAGAUUUGGUUGCUGAUUCAGAACACAUUCUCUGAUAAGGUCAUUGAUGUAGAAUCUUUAAUUCUGAAAGAAUAUACUCAUUAGUCAUUUUCUUUA